UCUUUCCCAGCUUGGAGAGAAGCUGUCCGAGCGAUUUGCAUAUCUACGAAGUAACGUCACACGGACUACAGGGGAGUUUUGUUGAAGUUGCAAAGUCCUGCAGCCUCCAGAGGGCUGUCGGCGCAGUAGCAGAGAGCAGCAGACUCCGCGCUCCGGAGACCGGCAGUAGAGCGCGAGGCAGCGCGCGCCAGCAGCAGCCACCCGAGCCCAACCAGGUCCACAGCCCUCCCCAGGCGGCCGCGCCAUGGAACACCAGCUCCUGUGUUGCGAAGUGGAGACCAUCCGCCGUGCGUACCCUGACACCAACCUCCUCAACGACCGAGUGCUGCGAGCCAUGCUCAAGACCGAGGAGACCUGCGCACCCUCCGUGUCUUACUUUAAGUGCGUGCAGAGGGAGAUUGUGCCGUCCAUGCGGAAAAUCGUGGCCACCUGGAUGCUGGAGGUCUGCGAGGAGCAGAAAUGCGAAGAGGAGGUCUUCCCGCUGGCCAUGAACUACCUGGACCGCUUCCUGUCGCUGGAGCCCCUGAAGAAGAGCCGCCUGCAGCUGCUGGGGGCCGCCUGCAUGUUCGUAGCCUCCAAGAUGAAGGAGACCAUUCCCCUGACCGCCGAGAAGUUGUGCAUCUACACUGACAACUCUAUCCGGCCCGAGGAGCUGCUGCAAAUGGAACUGCUUCUGGUGAACAAGCUCAAAUGGAACCUGGCCGCCAUGACUCCCCACGACUUCAUCGAACACUUCCUUUCCAAAAUGCCAGAGGCGGAUGAGAACAAGCAGAUCAUCCGCAAGCAUGCGCAAACCUUUGUGGCGCUCUGUGCCACAGAUGUGAAGUUCAUUUCCAACCCCCCCUCCAUGGUGGCUGCUGGGAGCGUGGUGGCUGCAAUGCAAGGCCUGCACCUGGGCAGCCCCAACAACUUCCUGUCACGCUACUGCACCACGCACUUUCUUUCCAGAGUGAUCAAGUGUGACCCGGACUGCCUCCGUGCCUGCCAGGAACAGAUUGAAGCCCUUCUGGAGUCUAGCCUGCGCCAAGCCCAGCAGAACAUCGACCCCAAGGCCACCGAAGAGGAGGGGGAAGCGGAGGGAGAGACUGACCUGGCCUGCACACCCACCGACGUGCGAGACGUGGACAUCUGAAGGCCGCUGGGCAGGCGGGUGCCACCAAGCAGUGGCAGCCCGCGAUGAGGAAGGAGCCAGCCCGGGGUGCUCCUAAUGAUGUCCCUCUUGAGGACAUUUGUUACCAGAGGGGAAGUUUUGUUCUCUUUGUUGGUUGUUUUUCUUUAAUCUUUCUCCUUUCUGUC